CACACAAAGGAGCGCACUGUUGGCAAUUAUGGGCUGCUCGUUCUGGACGGACAUGAGAGCAACAAUUCAGCCAAUUUCCACCAAUAUUGUGGGGAACACAAGUAUUGUCUUCUCUCACAUUGUCCACUCCGAACAUUUCAUUGUAACAAAAGGUUGUGCUGCCUUCACAACUACCUGUCGACCACCCAAGAUGCAGUUCUUCCGGGGCCCAGUUUUUCGAUGCGUCGAGAAUUGCCGCCUUAUCCGGCUCCAUUACUACAUGGUGCUUCAUCAGCCUUAAUUUAA